AUGGCAGCCCACACCGAGGCCGCCGCCGGCGGCCGCGGGGCCCUUGCCAAGGUCUCCCUCUCGUCGGUCUCGGCCGCCAUGGCGGAGGCCUCCACCUACCCCUUAGACGCAGUCAAGACGCGCCUCCAGCUCCACCGCAUCCCCGGCGGUGCGGGCGGGCGCGGCGUAAUCCGGGUCGCGGCCGAGCUCGUCCGCGAUGGCGGGGCUUACCGGGGCUUCUCCCCCGCCGUCCUCCGCCACCUGAUGUACACCCCGCUGCGCAUCGUGGGGUACGAGCAUCUCCGGUCCACCCUCGCUAGCGAGGGGCGGGAGGUUGGCCUUUUUGAGAAGGCGCUCGCUGGGGGACUCUCCGGCGUUGCCGCGCAGCGCCCAAUUAAGCAACCGAUUGAUGUACAUGCAAAUACAGUGGUUACGAAUGUGACUCGUGAAUACCAAAUCUUGCAGGUGGUGUCAAGCCCUGCUGACCUCAUGAAGGUAAGGAUGCAAGCAGACAGCAGGAUAUUGAACCAAGGCAUUCAACCACGGUACACUGGAAUCGCAGAUGCUUUCACUAAAAUCAUACGAGCGGAGGGCUUUCGGGGACUUUGGAAGGGGGUUGUUCCAAAUGCACAGAGGGCAUUUCUUGUCAACAUGGGUGAAUUGACAUGCUACGAUCAGGCAAAGCGUCUCAUCAUUCGCAAGCAGAUUUGCGAUGACAAUCUUUAUGCUCACACAUUGGCCUCUGUCGCGUCGGGGCUGUCUGCGACAACCUUGAGCUGCCCAGCGGAUGUAAUCAAAACAAGGAUGAUGAACCAAGGGAAGGAGGGUAAAGCUAUGUACAGGAGUUCUUACGAUUGCUUGGUCAAGACUGUCAGACAUGAGGGCGUAACGGCACUGUGGAAGGGUUUCUUGCCUACAUGGGCAAGGCUUGGCCCAUGGCAGUUUGUGUUCUGGGUUUCCUACGAGAAACUGCGCCAAGCAUCAGGUAUUUCAUCAUUUUGA